AUGGAAAACUCAAUCAAUGUCCGGACCGCGACAUGGCGUGAAAGAGAAAUUAUUGAUCUCUUGGACUUGUGGGGGGAGGACAAGAUCCAGGAGGCCUUACGCAGAUCGCAUAGGAACAUUGACUGUUUUCGAAAAAUUGCCAACCAAAUGGCUGCUCGUGGUCACAAAAGAUCUGCUCUUGAGUGCCGGAACAAGACCAAGAGUAUGAGACUUGAAUACAAGAGGGUGAUUGCCCAUAAUGGCACAUCUGGGAAUGCGCCCACAACUUGCGCUUACUUCAGAGAGCUACACAGCAUACUAAGAGGGGACGCAAGUGUGAAGCCAAAGCGCAUCGCUCGUAGCCUAAAUCUUGCAGUGCAGGAAAGUUCCAAACAUCCAGAUGUUACACCUGCAGACGGCUCGGAAGAGCUCUUCAGUCAUGAUCUUGUCACUGUUGACUACGAACAGAUUCGGAGCUCGACGCCUGCACCUAGAGCACACAGCUCCAUGUCCACAGAAGAGGAAACGGACUGUGACCUGGAUCACACAAUAGAUGGCCUGGCAGACAAAGAGAACAUGGAGCCUUGCAAUGAUGCCCAGGAAGACUGGACAUCAGAUCCGGUUGUCCCUUCAUCUCCCAAGGAAUCAUGUCCAGGUGGAUAUCCUAUGGAUCUUGCUGAGCUGUCUCCGGGGACACGUCUCUCCAAAAUAAGAAAUAGAAAACGAAAAAAUGCAGCCUUGUUCGGAGUCGCAGACAGAAUGCUGAGCCAGGCAAAGGAGGUUCACCGUGAGCAGCUUGACGAAUGGAGAAUUGAAAGGAAAGAGACUGUUAAGUGGCUCGAGGAGGACAAGAGGGUGCAGAGGGAAUUUCUAGAGGAGACUCGGCAGGAGAGGAGUGAUCUUAGGGCUUCCUGGAGGGAGAAUCUCGAAGUUAUGAAAACAGCGGUCAGCACAUUACAGACACUGGGUGAGAUAAUGGUACAGCAAAGGCUGAGUAACGCUCCCUCUGAAUUGGGAAACACUCAACAGGAAUCCCAGACCACAGCAACAAGAAAUGUUAAUGUGAGGCGUGCUUGUGUCGGUAGGGCAAGGGACAGGUUAACUUUGUAGCAUCGGCAAAAUGAAAAAUAAAAAUAGUUAUUGAUUGGUGGUCAGGUUACAUCCCGAUAGUUUUCUUUCCCACUUUGAGAUGAGAUGAUGAAGGGAUGGUUUUUUGGAAAAUGAGCCCUCUUUGUGGCUUUGUCAGUUCAUUUUUUCGAUUACAAAUUGGAAUAACAAGUCAGACAAAGUUGAAGUCUGGAAAAAGGUCUUUGUUGUCACACAAUAAAAACUAUGUACAUGUUAACAGUUA